AUGCAGUUACAUGUGCAGCUGGUUUGGCAGCAGAAGGUCGCAAGCCCUUUUGUACCAUCUAUUCAUCAUUUCUACAAUGUGGAUAUGAUCAGGUAUAUUGGGGCAUUUGAUAUCACAUACAUGGCCUGCUUGCCCAAUAUGGUGGUCAUGGCUCCAUCUGAUGAAGCUGAGCUGAUGCAAAUGUUUGCAACAGCCGCAGCCAGAGAUGACAGACCAAGCUGCUUUAGAUUUUCGAGAGGCAACGGAAUUGGAGCCAGUUCGCCCUCAAAUAACAAUGGAACUCCACUUGAAGUUAGCAAAAGAAAGGGCAGAAUUCCUGUAAUUCAACAAUGCUUGCAAGCAGCACAAAUGCUCAAACCACUAUAUUUUUCUGUGACUGUUGCUGGUGCUAGGUUUCGCAAACCUUUGGAUACUGAUCUCAUCAAGCCAUUAGCCAGCAUCCUGGAUGAACCACGGAAGCAUGGAUUACCACAAGAUCAGAAAGAAGAAGCAGGACUUUCAUCAAAGAACAUUGCUGCAACAGUCUUGUCUCUUCUGAAAGGCCAAUAG